UCAGGUAAGAGUAUCAAUCAAAUCUAAUCAUAAAUAAAGAAGUUAUGGCAAUUUUAGCAAAAUUUAAUAAUUUAACCUUGAGAGUCAAGGUCAUUCAAAGGUCAAGGUAAAAUUCAACUUGCCAGGUACAGUAACCUCAUGAUAGCAUGCAAGUAUUUGAAGUUUGAAAGAAAUAGCCUUGAUACUUAAGAAGUAAAGGGGAUCGAAACAAAAAAUUUAACCAUAUAUUCAAAGUUACUAAGUCAAAAAAGGGCCAUAAUUCCAUAAAAAUGACAUCCAGAGUUAUGCAACUUGUCCUUUUACUGUACCCUUAUGAUAGUUUGCGAGUGUUCCAAGUAUGAAAGCAAUAUCUAUGAUACUUUAGGGGUAAAGUGGACCAAAACACAAAACUUAACCAAACUUUCAAUUUUCUAAGUAUAAAGGGCCCAUAAUUCCGUCCAAAUGCCAGUCAGAGUUACAUUACUUUGCCUGCACAGUCCCCUUACGAUAGUUAAUAAGUGUUGCAAGUAUGAAAGCAAUAGCUUUGAUACUGUAGAAAUAAAGUGGACCUAAACACAAAACAUAACCAAAUUUUCAAUUUUCCAAGUAUAAAAAGGGCACAUAAUUCUGUCAAAAUGCCAGUCAGAGUUACAUAACUUUGCCUGCACAGUCCCCUUAUGAUAGUUAGUAAGUGUCUUUAACCAAUCGUAUACGAGGAUUUUGACAUCAACACGUUUUCGCGAGAUGACUCCACUUCGAAGAAAACAACAAGUGACAGAAUUCUGGUGAUUUAGAUAUCAGGUGAUUUCGUUUCGUUUAACAUCGUUUAAUAUUAGUUUUAGUUUAAACCUUUUAUUUUAUUGUUGGAAAAUGUGGAACAGUUUGCAGUUGAAAUAAUAUGAAAGUGCCAAAACUGGCAAUAAACGUAAACUACCGACAGAUCUUGCUCAGUCCGAAUCCGAAAAAUCUAAAAAGUACGAGGAACACGGAAAAGAAAGAACCUUUUAUUGUCUUCCAUUGUUGACCAUGAAAAGUCCAAACCCCAUGUCAAGGCGGUAGCUAAAAAUGAACCAGUUGUAAAAUCAAAUGCUGGCAAAGCACUUCUUUCCUUAAAGUCUGCUGAGAGACAUGGGUUGACUUAUCUAUUUCGGAAUGUGCAUGCCAUUUGUAAACAUAUUAGACCCUUAACUGGCUACAUAUGGUUGAAACAAAUUGACAAAGCAAAAGGCCUAGAUGUUGGAACAACAUAUCAGACAGAGAAAGCUGCCCUUGUUUUUUUGUCUUCCAUUGCAGGUACAGAAAAGGCUAAAACCACCAAAUUGGUACAAACUUCCCCUUUCCUGUCAUUUAUGAUGGACGGUUCAACUGAUAUUUCCGGUGACGAGCAGGAAGCAGUGUUUGUUCGGGUUUGCAACAGAGGUCAUGUCACUGAGCGAUUUUUAACUAUUGGAACGCCAACCAGCACAUCAUCUGAGCAUCUCUUUGACUUUGUGAUCAAUCAUUUCGAAGAAUACAACAUUGAUGAAGACCGAUUGGCUGGAAUGGGAAGCGAUGGAGCUGCUAAUAUGGUUAGAGUUCGUACGGGGCUAUCCACUCGACUUCGUCAGGAGAUCAAUGCCGAAAUGGUCAACAUCCACUGCCUCUGUCACCGGCUAGAGCUCGCGUUUAGGGAUGUAGUGAAGUCCUCAAAAUUGUACGACAAACUUAUGACACUGUUGAUAGGCCUCCAUUACUUUUACAAGAAGCAGUACAAGAACAAAUCAGGUAUUCUGAGGGCUAUUGAAGCUGUUGGAAAUCAAGGCAGGUUGCCCCCUAGAGUGACGGGUACACGCUGGAUGCCCCAUUUGUUUAAUGGGAUCAACUGCCUAAUGCUGACAUUCAGAGCUUUUGAAGCCCACUUGUCAACUCUCUGCCACUCAGAUCCGAAAGCUGAAGGGUUGCUGAGAAUUAAUGCUAAGCAAAAGUUUUGUUGCGUUCAUGCUGUUCCUUCAGGUAAAUUUCAAACAUUAACAAAAAUGUUAAAAAUUUCUAGAACAAUUGUUGAUGUAUUUUUUUCUCUAGGUUUGUAAAUAUACAAGUAUAUACGUUGGGGGCAACGUAAGCAUGUGAUAUGGGUGAAGUCAUCGCAUUUAGCAGCUGCCAAUAAGGAACUCCACUGGCUAGUAGA